AGGAACAAAUGAGAAAAAUAAGGAAACUGAAGAAAUUUGUAUUUCUGAAUUUACUUCUUUCUUGGAGGAAGUAAAAUUAGAUUACCAAAAUUCCAGUCAAACAUUGCGAAUUGCGUUGGAUAAGUUUAAAGAUCGAUAUAAUGCAGCAAAGGCUUUGUCUGUUCCCAGAUUAUCCUCUUUCCUAUAUGACCUUAACUGCAAUUUAGACUAA